CGGGAAAUGUUGCCACAAAGCCUUCGAUGAAGUCCGCCAGUACGGCAACUUCCUAAAAUCAUCCACCUCUAAGCAGAAAAGUGGCAGCCGCCGCAGCUCUACCGUAAGGCCACUACUGCUGUCUGAUCCCCUCGCAUCAAAUUUCUAGUAACCACAUCACUGCUAUCCGAUACUGGCUGCUAGUAUUAGUCUGGGGACGCAGAGCAUUCGUCGCGUGGAUGUCGUUAUCCAGAGUUAUAAUCCUUCUGACUUGGUGCGAUGAAAAUGGUAUCCAGAUCGAUCCCAGAAUACAAGUUCGGGAAAGUAGAAAUCAUCGAGAGUUAGCCGAAAGCACGGAAAGUUCCUCCUCGCGCGGUUGCGGAAUCAGCGUGUACUCACUUGAAGACCUCAUUGAUUGUUCCUGUUCCCUCGUACACAUUCCGAAGACAGCUAUUCUCUCAACUAGGUCAUGCUUCCUCUCCCAGGACAUUACCUCUGCGCCAUAUGGCCACGCUGCACAUCUCGCACUGGCUCUCGCCCUGUAUGGUGAGAUUUUGCGAGGCCAAGAUUCCAAAUGGUUCGGAUACCUCCAGAGCUUACCGCGGGAAACUGUGGACAUAGCCGUAUUCUGGGGUUUCAAGGACGUCAUCGACUUCAGAUCCUGUGUGUACUCAAGCCGCGGAGACACGGCUCCCUCCAAAAGUGCUAUUGGAGAUGACGCUAGCAACGUUGGAGCGGCUUGCUCCAAUGCGGAAAUUCCCGACUGUGCUCCGUCCCUACAAUACCUGGACGGUAAACAAGCUCGGAUGUGGCUUUCUUGUACAGGGGCCAAAAAGGAGCUGGAUGGUCUAAUGGAUGAAAUACGUCAAUACUACGUCUCCGUCGUGGAACCCACGCUACACGCAGCCUUUGGCAAACUUCGGCAAGCGGAAGCCGAGCACAAUGUCAAUGUGGUAUUAGGAGGUGGGAUUCCACGUCUCGAUGAAUGCAGCAAUGAGUUAAACUCAGUGGAACCCUCGCUUCCUGGGUUCUGUCACGCGUACUCCCUCGUGUCCUCCCGCGCGUUUUUGGUGGAUGCGUAUCAUGGUCUUGCAAUGGUGCCCAUUGCUGAUGCGUGAGUAACUUCAAAUUUUGGCUUGCUUUUUGAGCCUGGAUCCGUUUUCAAUGAAUGAAUGAGAUCAUGCAUCACGGAAGCCCCCUUCACGUUGGACCCACAAUAGUAGUUCUUGGAGUUUGGGGCGAUCUAGUAGAACUUCAUGAAG